AUGCUUGCGGUCGAGAAACUCCUUCGGGAUCUUCACGGACCACAUCAAUUGUGCCACAAAUGUGAGGCACCGGCGUAUGAUAAGCUACUGGUGCUCACAAUGCCCGGGAAGGUGAAGGUGAGGGUGUUGGCCGGACGUAAUCUGCCGGUGAUGGACAAGUCCAGCGACACGUCCGACGCUUUCGUCGAGGUGAAGUUAGGGAACACGACAUACAAGACGGAAGUGUAUCGCCGAUCGCUGAACCCCUUCUGGAACAGCGAGUGGUUCCGCUUCGAA